AUGUAUUCAUUUGUUGUUCUAUCACUUGGCGUAGUGGCUGCUGCACUGCAGUUGCUGCCCCCAGUAUAUCAGGCUAAUUCAGGGCCGCCAUCUCCUGGGUUCAAUAUACACGCUGCCAGGAAAACAGUCUAUAUCAAUUCAAAUUUUACUUCACACAAAGAUGAGAGUGGAUUGACCCUGAUACCCCCAUCGGCUCUGGAAUUCGCGAAAACAUUUCUACAGGAUCUGGCGGAGGUGACGGGUUCGCGGUGGCAGAUACAGCAAGUCGAUCAUUUCCCACAAGCGGGGGGGAUCUUCCUAGACAAACUCGACGACUGCAGCAGUAUCACAUAUGAGGAUGGCACCCUGACCGAAGAAGGCUAUGAGCUGGAUAUUCAACCCCAUCACGUCUCGAUCCGGGGAUCGGGAGCUCGAGGGAUGUGGUGGGGGACUCGGACUCUCCUGCAGCAGUUGAUUGUUUCCAACCAUGAACGACUGCCUUUGCCUGUCGGUCGGAUGGUAGAUGUCCCGUCGGUUGCAACACGGGGCUACAUGCUUGAUGCAGGUAGGAAGUGGUACUCGCCUGCAUACCUGAAGGAGCUCUGCACAUAUGCCUCGUUCUUCAAGAUGUCGGAGUUUCAAUAUCACACCAGCGACAACUAUCCUCUAAACCGCGGGCAUAACGAAACGUGGAAUGAAGUCUAUGCGCAAUUCGCGUUGCGUCCUGAGAAUUCGGAACUCCACGACAUCAUCCAACGGGCAAAUGAGACGCUUUCGCAAGACGAGUUCGAGGACCUGGAGCACCACUGUGCUCAGCGCGGCGUGACAAUUAUCCCCGAGAUUGAGGCACCAGGCCAUUGCCUAUUUCUCACAAAGUGGAAGCCGGAGCUGGCGCUGGCGAAGAAGGAUCUCCUAAACCUCACUCAUCCAGAUUCAAUACCGCUGGUUAAGUCCAUCUGGAAGGAGUUUCUACCGUGGUUUCACACGAAACAGGUGCAUAUCGGGGCGGAUGAGUACGAUUCGACAUUGGCAGACGUUUACAUUCAUUUCGCCAAUGAGAUGGCGGGUUUUAUUAAAGAGGAGUCAGGAAAAAGAGUUCGCAUCUGGGGCACGAACGAACCCUCGGAGACUCUGUCUAUCUCAAAGGAUAUCAUCAUCCAGCACUGGCAAUAUGGGGAGUCGGAUCCCGUUCUUCUCGCAAGAGAUGGAUACACGCUCAUCAAUUCGGAAGAUCGCUGGGCAUACAUGUCAUUGAAAAAUGACCAUAUGCCAAUCUUCCCGGCUCCAUAUCCAGCUCUGUUCAACAACACCCGAGUGCUGAAUUUCGCCGAUGUCAAGGGCUGGCAAUGGCAACCAUCGUUGUUUAAUCCGUUCAACGUGACUGAGCAACUGGACAGCCGUGUCGUCCAGGGGGCUAUCCUCGCAGCAUGGAACGACAAUGGGCCAGACGCGACGACCCAGCUGGAGUCUUUCUACGCCAUGCGUGAUGGUAUCCCGCUCGUCGCGUCACGAGCAUGGACAGGCAGCCGCGGCCCAAAAUUGGAUGAGUCAACCCUCGCUCUCUCUUCGAACCUCCUGACAUUUGGUGCAGUUGGUCAGAACCUCGAUCGAAAACUCCCCAAGUCUCACCAUUCCCAUCCUCGACAUUCGCUAGCCAGCUGGACCUCAAACACACACGAUGGAAAGAAGGUGCAUCUCGGAUACGGCAGCAAAGGCAUGAACUACACGCUAGAGCUUGAUGCCCGAGGACCCUUUGUCCUGUCUUCAGCAGACUGCAGUCUCAGUCUUACCCCAGAUGGCAGUUUAAUCUUCAGCUCAGAUGGAUGGCAGUAUCCGCUUCGUUCAGUGUACGCACACGACGGCUUUGACGCAGGACAUCCGGGGCGAAUCUGGACAAACCAAACCUCUUCAACACAUGAACCGGUGAAUGUCCCGCUACAGAGUCACAUCACCAUUUGCACAGAUGUUAUUGGCGGUAGCCGAGUCUGGGUAAACAGACGAUUCGUCGGACGAUUCGAGGUCUUUGUGUUUGGCGGGAAGAAUCGGCUGUUCUCGUGGAGUCAGAUGGCUUUUGUGGCGCCGUUGGAAUGGAAGCAAGGGAAAUUGCAACGACUCAAAAUUGGGGAAUACGACGGGCACCAUGAGAUUAAGUAA